GAUAAAUGUAAUAACCGCAGGGGCAGGUUACCGGAGAGAAGUGGGGGAAUUUGGUCACGAAUAUUUCCCCUUCCUCUCUUGUGCCGCGAAGCUCCAUUCAUACAGCUAUAUAUAUGUAGUCGUUGCCAUUUUCGCAGAGCUCGUUCACAACUAUACACAUAUUUCUCCGCACGAAGAGCACAUUCAAGAAGCUCCUUUUUCUAGCUCAAAGAAAGCCGCGACGCAGAGAUGGUCACUGGACAAAAACCACCGGAGGAGGAGAAGGUGGUGGUCGUGGUGGGGAAUGGCACAAUGAACGGCUCACUCGUCGGACCUUCCGCCGGGAUCCGCUGGAAACCUGAUGCGAUGCACUUGAUUCUGAGGCUCUUAUGCGUGGUUAGUUCAGUGAUCGCGCUUUCGUUCAUGGUGACUGCCAAGCAAUCUAGCUCUGUCUCCAUUUAUGGCUUUCACUUUCCGGUUUACUCCAAGUGGUCCUACUCUGAGUCUUUCGAAUAUCUUGUUGGUGUUUCUGCUGCCGUUUCGGCUCACUCCUUGCUGCAGCUACUUAUUGGCACAUCACGGUUGCUUAAGAAAUCUCCUGUGAUUCCCUCAAGAAAUUUCGCAUGGCUUAUAUUCGCUGGGGAUCAGGCAUUUGCCUAUGCACUGAUAAGUGCUGGGUCUGCUGCCUCUGGAGGGACCAAUCUGAAUCACAAUGGAAUUAGACAUCCAGCUCUGCCAAGUUUUUGUAAGCCCCUGCAUAAGUUCUGUGAUCACGUAGGCAUCUCCAUAGCCUUCACUUUCGUAGGCUGUUUGCUGCUGGCUGCUUCUGCUAUCGUGGAUGUAAUAUGGCUCUCUAACCACUAGAAAUUACCUCAUAUUUACACAUACUUUAUGUAACAUAUCAUCUGAAUAUAUAUGUUUUCUAUAAAAAUCAUCAGCCAUCACUUCCCUUUUUCAGCCCCACCUUAUGGUCAGUAGCAUUGUUUGUGACUCCUAUAGGUUGGUUUUGGUUCUGCAGAACUGUUUCUGCAGAAUUUUCCACUUCCAAUUAGGUGAUAAAUCUGCAGACAGAGUGUAGUAUACAUAAUACAUGGGCGCCUGAAGGUGUUUUUAAGA